AUUUAAUUAUUUUUUGCGAGGAAGUUAGAUGUACCAGGAGUGGGAUUGAUGAUACGCGGUGAGGCAGAGGGUGGGGGAUACUCAGCGAGCGGCUGACCGUAGACGGGCGGCAGUGAAUAGUCCGCGCUCGCGGUAGCGCUUGUGUUCGUCGUGUUGAUAAGCUCAAAGAUGGCCGACCAUCGAGAACGGGAUUCGUAUUAUUCGCAGACAGAUCUGCGCUCGAAGAACGAUGAUCCGCCGAAUUCUCGUCUCUUCGUCAUCUGUCACAAGAGCCUCGAGGAAGAUGAUCUCAGGAAGGCGUUCGAGAAGUUCGGCAAAAUCGAGGACAUCUGGGUGGUUAAGGAUCGUAACACGGGCGAGAAUAAAGGCGUUACGUACAUCAAGUUUUCUAAAACAUCCGAGGCGGCGUUCGCCCUCGAGGAGAUGAACGGCAAAAUGCUGGGCUCCGUUGGCAGACCUAUCAAAGUGAUGAUCGCCUCGAAUCGAGAUCAAGGUUCGGUGCGCGAGACGAACGAAGAGGAGAGGUGGGUUCGAUUGUUCUGCGUCUUACCGAAAACGAUGACUGACAGCGAGCUGCAGCAGGAGUUCUCCAAAUUCGGCGCGAUCGAGUACGCGACUGUGGUGAAGGAUCGCAGCACGAACGAGUCCAAGGGUUUUGGCUAUGUGAAGUUCAAGAAGGUGUCCAGCGCAGCACGGGCGUUCGAGGAAUGCGACAGAAAGUUCAAGGCGGUGUUCGCCGAGCCGAAGAAACCGAAACCCGAUCACAACGAUGCCAAAUACAACAAUGGUCUGUCCAAUGUCACAUAUGACGGUACCGGCAGUAGUUACGGCACGUCCAACUUCGGCAAGAGUAGCAUCAGUCUAGAAAUCGCGACCAACUAUUCCAACUCGGACGGCUAUACGCGUCUACAGGUGAUCGCGCAUCCAGCGCUGAAUCAGGACCAGCUGUGGAAACUGUUUGAUAUAGUGCCCGGUAUGGACUACUGUCACUUGAAGACCGACGUGAGAUACAGAAUGCCACGCGGUCAAGCGGUUGUGGUGUACAAUAAUCCGAGCGCGGCGGCAUAUGCGCGCGAGAAAUUUCACGGUUUCGAGUAUCCACCUGGUCAUCGAAUGAUCGUCAAGCCGGACUUAACGAGUGCACCGCCGAAAAGCGCGACGAAGCCAGGCGGUUCGACAGCGGUCGGCACCGUCGCUAACGCGAGGACAGAUCUGGCACAUUUAGCAGAGACUAUCGCUCAAGCAACGUCGUUGAUUCAAGCGGCGGGAUUGACGGCACCGAGCUUGGAUCACAUAUCUGUGAAGCUGCCGCCGGCGCAACCGAUGGCGAGCAUCGACGCCGAGGUGGCCAAAAGAUGUUUCAUCGUCUGCGGCCCACCGGUACCACCCAUCUACGCUAUGAAGGAUGCAUUCUGUAGGUUUGGAAAUCUCAUAGAUGUAUAUAUGUUACCCGGUAAAAAUUGCGGCUACGCCAAAUAUGCCAGCGUUGACAGCGCAAACGAGGCCAUUGAGAUUUUGCAUGGGCAAGAGAUCUGUGGAUCUCGGCUGAAGGUGCUAGAGGCGGAAGAACGGAACGUCGGCGACGACCGGCGAAAACGAUUACGGAUGGACGAGGAUGAACAUUGAGCGGAUUCUUAAAGAAUCGUAUCUCACUGACUGGUAUACACAAGCUGGACGCACGCAACAAAAAGAGACGAAUUUAAAGACUACUCACUUGACCACGUCAAGGGCCUGCAUCCAGGGAAAACUACUCCAACUACCUAUCUAUAUAUAUAUAUAUUUAUAUAUAUAUAAUAUAUAUAUUUUUAACUGUUCGCUUUACGUUCGCGCAACUGCAACAACGUUACUGAAACCUUUAACUGCUACUCUACUACUACUGCUACUUUUUAUCCUCUUACAUGUUUGUUCACACGAUUUAUAGCGCUCGUGCGCGGAGGACUCAUGUUUCUGUUACUUUAAGAGGCUUGUGCGAACGGUUGAUUUCGUUGAGCAUUCGUUCGCUGUGUACCUAGCAAGCGCAUGGAUUCCAAUGUGUGUGCAUUUUCUUCGCUGGAACUACAGGACUUUCCGAGAAUCGAGAGAAACAAAGCGUACCUACAGACACAUGAGACGCAUGAUUCAUUUCCCGUAUCGAUUUCCGCGAGAUCUUUCCUCUUUUCUUAUUUCGAUUUAUAGCUUUAUUUGUCUAGAAUGUUACCUAAUUAUUACGAUAUAGAUCAUAUUUUCUCGGACGGUGACAUAUCCGAGUUAUUUAAAUUAAAAGUUUAAUUAACUAAAUUAAAACUUUAAUUCGACUACUCUGUAAAAAGGGAAAAAAUGACAUUAAUAUAUAUAUUUAACGAAUAAUGAGAAUCUUUAGUUCAAUGGCAAAAAUAUAUUUCUCUACUAUAAUAUAUACAUAAAUUUUGUUUCAUAUGUAUAAAAAGCACGGAAUAACGGAUCGCACUAAAGCACAUUUUUUUUUUUGUAAAAUAAAAGUGCUAUCCGUUCGCACAGGCUUAUAGGUAUAAUCUGUGCUUUAGGUUUAGCAAAAGAGAAAUCUUUUAUUUAUAAUUACAUUUCUGUACUUUUCUUUUAUAGUUAUAUUGCGUACAGGAAGCAAAAUGACUUGUACUUUGUACACCAUUGACAACUUUCACACGACGAUAGAUAUUAAAGUUAUUGCGGAUUAAAAAACAGAAACUGCAAAAGAUAUAUCCUUGAGAGACCGGUGCAAAUAUCCUAUGUAUGAUUGUUCAUGGAUUCUGUUUUUUAUUAACACAUUACACCUUUUUAUAUCGUACAUCGAGAGAGAUCGUGUUUAUUAUAAAAUAUUUUUAAUUCGUAUUUUGUAAUAAAAUGAACGUUUGUUUGUAUUACGUCUUUUCGUAAGAAAGACGUUACUGCCUUAAUUUUUAAAUAAUCAAAAUUUUAUUUUUAAUUCUUCCAAACAAGAAAGUUUUUCAUUUCCUAAUUAAAAAAUUAUCCAUAAAAAAUUAUUGACUUAUUAAAAAAAAAGUGAAUUCACCGAAAUAAACGGUGAAUAUUUUUCGACUUUGAAUAUAUAACCGAAAAAUUUUAUAUAUACGAAGAAAGUACAUAAAAUAUUGCCGAAAUGUUAAAUAUUUUUAAUUACGUGGGUGCAUCUUGUUUUGAAAACUAUCGAUGUACGAAAUGUACUGAUAUGUAAAUUAUCUUUCGUGUUUAAGAAAGUACAAAGAAAAAAAAAACGCAAUUGUAUAUGUUAGACUUGUUGUUUAUCGAGACUAAAAUAGAAGGAAAGACGAUUAUUUCCCAAUAAAACCUGAUACUCAGAUUUAUCACGAAAUCGAACAACUUUGUCACACGUAAUAAUAAUGAUUGACGCACAAAAUUAAAUAAUGAUAAACACGAUUUUUGUAUCAUCUAUAUGCGAUUAGACCCACACUGUAAUGACCGUAAAAACGAAUGAUGUUCCAGGAGACUGUAACUGUGACUUGUUUUUUUUUUUUGUGAUAUCAAAUAUACAUGGAAUACGCAAUAAAUCCCAAACACCGACUCUUUCACUUUAUUUUUUUUCUCACUGCUCAUUAUAAAACGGAGAGCAAUGUACGAUUCUGUUCGCGCGCCCGUUUAACUGAUACUUUCUGAGAUGAUCUGACAUAUGUUCUUCUCGAUUCCAGGAUACCGAGAAAAUUCCACGAGGGAGAAGCAUCGUACCUGAAGACUGUGAUACUAUUUCUAGCGACGUGAGAUUAUUAUAAUGUUUCUACAACAUUGUACAUGGAACAAAGUUUUACAGAGAAUAUAUUAUUAUAUUUUUAUACACACACAUAA